UUUAUUUUUCAAUGUCGCCAACGUGAAGCAAUGAAAUGUACUAUAUUGUUUAAUACGUAAACAAAAAGAGAAAUUAUUUUAUAAAAGCUUACAAAAAUGUCUAAAGUAAUGAGAAAGGGAUAAAUGGCAAAGAAAGUAUUGGCGAAAGUAAAUCAUUCUUCAAAAUUGCGAGUGAUUAUUCCUGCAGGAAUGGCAUCCGCCAAACCACUUCUUGGAUCACAACUUGGACAGAGAAAUAUAAAUAUAGUAAACUUUUGUAAAGAGUUUAACCAAAGGACAGAAAACAUUAAGCAUAUAUAUAAUCAUAUAAAAUAUUCAAUGGUAUCAAUUUGUUGGUGGGAACAAGGAACUGAUCCAUCCUUAGCAUUAAUGACUUUACAACAAAUUUGUCAAAUGCUUGUUGGUAUAGUACGUACUUGUGGUAUUGAAAUUGUACAUUCAAUAGAUUCUGUAGAACAUGCAGAAUUUAUGAAACAACAACAAGAAGAAUCUGAAUUAUUUAAAACAAUUAAAUUACUUAGGACAACAGCUUAAUAUAUUAAACUAAUAAAAAUCUAUUAAAUCUCGGAUUUGUGCGCUGGUGCAUUAUCGCGCAAUUGGAACCAAGUCUGUUGCUUUUGGUAUUGAAACCGAACUCAACGAAUCCUGUUCCAUGAGCGAUUUAGAACAUCGGCAUAAUAUUCUGCAUUUGCUGUUUAUCCUUCAGGUAUAAAUCCCUUGUGGAUAAUUCCUUGCGAAUUGAAGAAAACGAUGAGCAAUGUCUUGAUGCGGCUCUUCUGAAUGCGCACUUUAUAACCAUCUAAAAAUGUUGGCACGAUCUAUGCAAUCACUACCGUACACGCCUUUCAUCAUUUCGUACAUUUUGCUUGCUGUUUUGCAUAACUUAAAGCGAAAAUUAAUGUUUGCCCUCUGCUGCAUACAUGUAGUUUUUUCAACGUGCGCUACGAAGCAUUGUCAAAUGUAACCUCAAUAACAAAUGAAGUAGAGGUGCUAGCAAAUUGAAGUUGUACGUGGACUUUGUUGACAUGUCAAACUUCACAAUGCAUUUAUUCAUUACGAGAUGGUGUUACAGAAAAAAAAUUUAAAGGCUCUGUCGCACCAGGGUCUGGACAGAUUGUGUAAAACUAUAUAAAACUAUAUAAAACUAUAUAAAACUAUAUAAAACUAUAUAAAACUAUAUAAAACUAUGUAAAGCUAUUAAAACUAUUAAAACUAUAUAAACAGGUGUAAUAUUAUAUAAAACUAUAAAAAACUAUGUAAAACUAUACAAAACUGGAUAAAACUGGAUAAAAAUAUGUAAAACUAUAUAAAACUAUAAAAUUGUAUAAAACUAUAUGAAACUAUACAAAACUAUAAGGACUACGGGCGAAUGAAAAUGCGGCGUGAAUAAAGGCAUGGGAACGUUGAACUCGCAUAUAACUGAACGCAAAACGACAGAGAACAGAAAUACAUCUUGUGAAAUUGCGCAGGUCUCCGUUACGGUUCUUAUCGAGUAUUCGUAACACGUUUUAGUUCGGUUGCACCCGACGGACUUCCUAUUACGGCUGAUUCUUCGUAUUGCGCGUCAGAUCGUUCAGAAAUUUUGGACCGAGCUUCAUCGCUAUUCUGAGAAACGGAGAAGUGUCAAAUUGAAACGGCAGUUUUGUUCACCGGCAAUAAUGAAACAUUCCUAUAAAAAUUAACGAUUGAGAGAUCCUUGAUUGAUCUUUUAACCCCUUGACUUGCAAUAUCGUGUCAGACUCGCGACGAAAAUUUUAAACUGAAUUUGAGAAACCCAAGUAUUAUUUAUUUUUUUAAAAU